UACAUAUGUAUUUUAAUACCGUGACAGUAACAGAAACGAAUUUUCUUCCGUCCACGUGAAAUCAGUCGUAAAUUUAUUGUAAUUGUUUCCAUUGUCAAAAAGAGUUUUGUUGCGUGCAUUAUAGUUUGUGCGCGUGGCCGAUCGAGGAAGAAGACUUUUAUGCCUUCCACGCCGGGCACCGCCACUUUAUCAUGAUCAAAUUAUUCUCGUUAAAACAAGCGAAAAAGGAUGGCGAAUCGCCGAAAGCUGGUACUCAAAAGAAGGCAUCUGCAGCACAACUAAGAAUCACAAAAGAUAUAAAUGAGCUCAACCUGCCAAAAACAUGUGGAACAGAGUUUCCUGAUCCAGAUGAUCUUCUCAGUUUUAAACUAAUUAUUUGCCCAGACGAGGGAUUUUAUAGAGGUGGAAGGUUUGUCUUCAGCUUUAAAGUUGGACCAAAUUAUCCACAUGAACCACCUAAAGUAAAAUGUGAAACACAAGUUUAUCACCCUAAUAUUGACUUGGAUGGCAAUGUGUGUCUGAAUAUUUUAAGAGAAGAUUGGAAACCAGUUCUCACAAUUAAUUCUAUUGUCUAUGGACUACAGUAUCUGUUUUUGGAACCAAACCCAGAAGAUCCAUUGAAUAAAGAUGCAGCAGAGGUUUUGCAGAAUAACAGGAGAGUAUUUGAGCAAAAUGUAGCAAAAGCAAUGAGAGGUGGCUAUGUUGGAUCGUCUUAUUUUGAACGGUGUCUUAAGUGAUAGCGCUCGGUUUCUUUGAGGACACAUUGAGGAAAGAGGUUAAGAAAAAAACUGUUUUAUGCUUUGAACAUGUUCUUCACUUCUACCUCUUUCAUUUAUUAGCGAGCAUCAUUGUGUCUCCUCGAGUGCUUUGUACCUUUGAUCAAUAUACACCAUCGGUAAAAAUGCCAUCGAUGCGCUGUUAUCUUGGAAUCGUGGGAUACUAUUUUCUUUUCCUUGUUUUACUUUUUCUCUGAAAUUUAGCCAAGUGUCAAUGUUACGUUUACGUUUGCAAGUUUCUUAAUCGACAAACCAUUGAUAAACGUAAUUAAAACGAAAAAUUUCCCUUAAAAAUACAUCUGUGAUUACAAAGUAUUAUUACUUUAUUAGAUAUAUUUUUUACCAUAACCACAUACAAAAAUGAACUUGCGAUUCAAUUUGUCAUGAUUAAUAGGAAAUUGUUUUUAAUUACAAUUGUCAAAUUUAAUUUUAAAUUUCAAAUACCUAUACUUACGAUUGUUGCCUAUUGUAAUAAUAAAAAAAUAUACAUAUAUAUACUUGUAUGAGAUUUGCAAACGUAUAUGUGAUCGUGAUUGUCGCAACUUCUUUCAUAAAUGUAUCUCCAUACUGAAGGCCGCUCGGCAGGAUAUAAAUUAUUUUCUAUAAAUUGAUAUGUAUCCUGCUGUGCUCUUCAUUUGAAACCAUAUAACUUAAUUUAUGUAUUAAUCGAAAGUGGAAUAUAAGGCUGUUAAAGAAAAAAA